AGGUGUAGUCCGAUGCUGCCCCCGCCCCCAAACCGCUUCAGGGCGAUUGUUAGAAGAAAGUACAGGAAGACGACUGACUCGGUGUAGAAGUCCUGUCUUUGCUGCUGUCAUGCCGGAAUUGAAAAGCUGACUUGACGAGUAGCAGGCAUGAAAAGUCCAGUGGAAGCCUCAGUAGUGCCAGGGCAACAUUGACGACGCACCCCUGCAGUCUGAAUCAAUCUGCUAAAAGUGGAUUUUGCAGUUGGGAGUUUACCUUGUGUAGCCUAGCUAAAGCUAACGCUAGCUACGUUCGCUCCAAACUUUAGUAAACAAAACUCAAUUCGUAUUAAAUUGUAUUGACGUUACACGCGGAUGCCGGUGGCUGAAGUCGUGGUUUGUAUUUUUAAAGGAUAUUGCAAUGCCUAUUCUGGGUACAUCCCGACGACGACUCGCAGCACUUUGAAUUUCCCUCCUUCUGGAAGACAGACAGGCGGCUUAGAGAAGAAUUCACUCGGCGAGUUUGGCUCCGGACCAGAUCAUUAGCAACUUGUGCUAAUUGUGGCUAGUUAUCCAUCCGUAGGACCAACCCGGACUCGAGGAGAUUAUAAUCAUUGUUAUGACUUGGCCCCUAUUAUUUUGGUAGUUCGUCAGAUCAGUCAUUUUGCUUUGAGUGUUUUUUUUUUUUUGCGUCAGUGAGAUUACCUCCACGCGGAGACUAUUUUGACUCCGAGUUGAAAGAAAAGGAUUAACUUUACAACUAUGGAUCCACACACGGGAUACGCCGCCUCGGCUCCUGCUCCCAAGAAAGACAAGAAGUCAAAGAAGGGCUAUGAAGAUGGAGAGGGCAAAAAGAAAUUUAAACUGAAACGUCUGAUUCCAGAUGAGUUGGAACGUUUUACCAGCAUGAGGAUAAAGAAGGACAAGGAGAAGCUCAGCCACGUGCCAGGUCAGCGUCAUUCUGCAGCCGCCAACUAUGAAAUCAACGCGCCUAGUGCCAUGCUGCACGACCAUACCGAUGAAUACGUCCUCGAACUUUUUGAACAGAUGCUGGUGGAUAUGAACCUGAAUGAGGAGAAGCAGCAGCCUCUCAGGGAAAAAGACAUCACGAUUAAACGUGAAAUGGUCUCUCAGUACCUCCACACAUCGAAAGCGGGCCAAGACCAGAAAGAAAGCUCUAAGUCAGCCAUGAUGUAUAUACAGGAGUUGAGGUCAGACUACCGGGACUCACAGCUGCUGAGCUGCCUGGAAUCUCUACGGGUCUCGCUCAAUAACAACCCUGUCAGUUGGGUACAGAAUUUCGGAGAUGAAGGCCUGGCUCUUCUGUUGAACCUGCUCAGAAGACUGCAGGAAGAAAAAGACGAGUAUCCAAUGAUGGGAGUGAAAUGUCAACAUGAGAUCAUACGCUGUCUGAAAGCCUUCAUGAACAACAAGUACGGUUUAAAAUCCAUGCUGGAGUCAGACGAGGGAAUUCCUCUGCUGGUCAGGGCCAUUGACCCAAGGGUGCCUCAUAUGAUGGUUGAUGCUGUCAAGCUGCUCUCUGCCAUCUCCAUAUUGGAACACCCGGACAAUCUUCAUGAGCGUGUUCUAGAGGCCAUCACAGAGGAGGCAGAGAAACGGGACAUUGAAAGAUUCCAGCCUCUCCUAGCUGGCAUGAAAAGUUCCAGCAUCACCCUGAAGGGUGGAUGCAUGCAGCUAAUCAAUGCACUGAUUAGUCGGGGAGAGGAGUUGGACUUCAGGAUCCAUAUUCGGUCUGAACUUCUAAGAUUAGGACUGAGAGACUGCCUUAAGGAGGUGAGGACAAUAGAAAAUGAAGAGCUCAGGGUGCAACUGACAGUCUUCGAUGAGCAGGCCGAAGAUGACUCAGAGGACCUUAAAUCGCGCCUCGAUGACAUCCGCAUUGAGAUGGAUGAUGUGAGGGAAGUGUUUGACAUUCUGGUCAACACGGUGAAGGACUCCAAAGCUGAAAGCAACUUCCUCUCCCUGAUGCAGCACCUCCUGCUGAUCCGCAAUGAUUAUUUGGCCAGGCCUCAGUACUACAAGUUAAUAGAUGAGUGUAUUGCUCAGAUCGUGCUUCACAGGAAUGGAGCAGACCCGGACUUUAAGUGCCGCAACAUCAGGCUCAACAUUGAAGGCUUAAUUGACAACAUGGUCGACCAAACCAAGGUGGAAACCAGUGAGGCCAAGGCGAUUGAGCUUGAGAAGAAGCUGGAUGCAGAGUUGACCGCACGCCACGAGUUGCAGGUGGAGAUGAAGAAACUCGAGGGCGACUAUGAACAGAAGUUGCAGGAGCUGAGCCAAGAAAAGGAGCAACUGGCCUCCUCCAAGCAUGAGCGGGAAAAGGAGAACCAGGGUCUGCAGCAACAGCUAAGCACUUUGCAACAGCAGAUUGAAACGCUAUCCAAAGAUCUGGAAGAGGCGAAGACUAAAGUUGUUACAGUUCCUGUGCCAACGCCUGGUGUGCCACCUCCACCACGUGCCCCUCCUGUCCCUGGCCGCAUUGGGGGUUUGCCUCCACCACCUCCUGCCCCACCCAUGCCAAGCCAUGCAACCCUGCAAACACCUCCACAACCUCCUCAAAUCGGCAUGCCUCCUCCUCCGCCACCCUUACCAGGGAUGCCAGGCCCUCCACCUCCGCCGCCCUUACCAGGGAUGCCAGGCCCUCCACCUCCGCCGCCCUUACCUGGGAUGCCAGGCCCUCCACCACCGCCACCCUUACCAGGCAUGCCAGGACCUCCACCACCUCCACCCCUGCCUGGCAUGCCAAGACCACCAGGACUGCCACCUCCUCCACCUUUGCCCGGGAUGGGACCUCCCCCACCGCCUCCGCCACCAGGUGGUCCUGGUAUCCCUCCACCACCUCCAGGUCCUGGUAUGCCUCCACCUCCACCGUCUGGCAUGGGAGGCUGGGGACGCCCUGCAGUAGUUCAAUUGCCGCAUGGCCUCCAGCCUAAGAAAGAGUACAAGCCUGAAGUGCAACUGAAGAGAGCCAACUGGAGCAAGAUUGGACCUGAAGACCUUUCGGAGAACAGCUUUUGGAUAUCUGCCAAAGAGGAGAAAUAUGAAAACAAUGAGCUCUUUGCCAAACUCACCUUGGCCUUUUCCUCGCAGACGAAGACUACAAAAGCCAAAAAGGAACUAGAGGGUGCAGAUGAAAAGAAGCAGGCGCAGAAGAAGAAAGUCAAGGAGCUGAAGGUUAUUGAUUCAAAGUCCUCACAAAACCUGUCCAUUUUUCUCGGAUCUUUCCGUCUUCCAUAUGAAGAAAUCAAAAACUGCAUCCUGGAAGUUAAUGAGAAAGUCCUCACAGAGUCCCUGGUUCAGAACCUGAUCAAGCAGCUGCCUGCACCAGAGCAGCUUAGUGUCCUUGGAGAGAUGAAAGAUGAAUAUGACGACUUGGCUGAGGCUGAACAGUUCGGAGUUGUGAUCUCAAGUGUGAAGCGGUUGGGGCCACGGCUACAGGCCAUCCUGUUUAAGCUACAGUUUGACGAACAGUUGAACAACAUUAAACCGGAUGUGGUGUCUGUGACAGCUGCCUGUGAGGAGCUCAGGAAAAGUGCUUCCUUCUCUAAGCUGCUACAGAUCAUCCUUCUUGUUGGCAAUUAUAUGAACGCAGGCUCCCGCAAUGGCAAGGCCUUCGGCUUUUCCAUAUCCUACCUGUGCAAGCUUCGUGACACCAAAUCAGCUGACCUGAAGCAGACACUGCUCCACUUUCUUGCUGAUGUGUGCAUGGAGCAGUAUCCGGAAGUCAUGAGCUUUCCCGAUGAGCUCAUCCAUAUUGAGAAGGCCAGCAGAGUUUCUGCAGAGACACUUCAGAAGAAUGUAGAAAUGAUGGGUCGUCAGAUCAAGAACCUGGAGAAAGACAUAGAAACUUUCCCUCCUGCACAAAAUGACAAGGACCAAUUUGUGGAGAAGAUGUCGAGUUUUGUGAGCAGUGCUCGUGAACAGUAUGAGAAGCUGAAUCUGAUGCAUAAAAAUAUGGAGAAGCAAUAUACCGACCUGGGAGACUAUUUUGUCUUUGACCCCAGAAAACUUUCAGUGGAGGAGUUCUUUGGGGAUCUCAACACCUUUAAGAACAUGUUUCAGCAAGCAGUGAAGGAUAAUCAGAAGAGGAAGGAGACAGAAGAAAAGAUCAAAAGGGCCAAGCUGGCCAGGGAAAAGGCUGAGAGGGAAAAGGAGGAGAAACUCAAAAAGAGGCAGCUCCUGGACAUCAACACAGAGGGUGAUGAAACCGGCAUCAUGGAUGGACUCUUGGAGGCGCUGCAGUCUGGCGCUGCUUUCAGGAGAAAGAGAGGACCCCGGCAAGCAGCCAACCACAGAAGAGCUGGUCAUGCAGUGACCAACAUCCUGGCCAAAGAACUGAUGCAGGAAGACGCACCAUCAAGCAUGGCGUCCAUGAAGAAGAUCAAAUUGGAUGAGAAGGAUGAGCACAAGAUCGAAGCUGGAGAUUCGUUAGAGGAGCUACUGGAAGCUGCGCCUACUUGCUCCAGUUAGACCAUUUGCUCAGAUAUUUUGCGGUUUUUUUUUUUUUUGUUUUGUAUAAAACGUCUGAGCAGAUUUGUUUCUCGUUGUUGCAGCCAAUAUUGAUCUAAAAUUUAAGUUAAGCAUCAUUCCACACUUUGGAAUCUUCUUAGAUGAAAUAUGUCCCUCAUUCAACCAAUGACUUUUUGCCACUUGUAACUGUUUUUUGAUUUUUUUUUUUUUUUUUGGCUAACAUACACAACUGUUCCGAGUCCAUAUGCACUGUCUGCUUCUUUACCACAGCUUUUAAUCACUUAAUUCAUUGCAUGAUCAUAUGAAAGAUCAUCUCAGAAGAGGGAUUCACUGGUAUUUCCCAAAUUUUCUCACAUAACUCAGGCACAUAAAAGAUGCUACAAACGGUUAGUUUUGGAUGCGCUAUGAAUUGUCCACAUUUUUUUUUUGGGCCGCUGUAUUCUUGUUUGAUAUAUUGUACAUUGCUGUUUGGAAAUGCUGAUGAUUCCACUGUGUUGCUGGAGAAAAGUGCCAAUGAGUAGGAGUCCGGUCCUGUCAUUUCAUUCACAGUCUCAGUAGCAGCGCUCACAUUGGGUGGAUGCUUUUGUUAGUGGUGUACACGUAUCUGUGUGAGAUUUUUUUUUUUUC